UUUUUCACCAACUCCAUUUUCUUUUCCUGAAGGAAUGUUGGUUAUUUGGAAAAAGACAACCACACACGUGUCUCAGAAUUCCAUCUCAUGAGCUUCUCCGAGGAUCCUGACUUGCAGCCCCUCCUCCUGGGACUGUUCCUCUCCAUGUACCUGGUCACAGUGCUCGGAAACCUGCUCAUCAUCCUGGCUGUCACCUCUGACUCCCACCUCCACACACCCAUGUACUUCUUCCUCUGCAACCUGUCCUUGGUUGACGUGGGGUUCACCUCCACCACGGUUCCCAAGAUGAUUGUGGACAUCCUCACCCACAGCACAGCCAUCUCCUAUGCCGGCUGCCUGACUCAGAUGUCUGUGGUUGUCCUCUUUGGAACCAUGGAUGAUUUGCUUCUGACGGUGAUGGCCUAUGACCGGUUUGUUGCCAUCUGCCACCCCUUGCGUUACCAGGUCCUCAUGAGUCCUAACUGCUGUCUCUUUUUGGUUUCAGUUUCCUUUGUGGCCAGCCUUUUAGAUGCCCUGCUGCAGGAUUUGCUGGUCUUAGGGGUUGCAUGCUUCAAGGGAGUAGAGAUUUCUGAUUUCUUCUGUGUCCCUUCUCAAAUUCUCAGCCUCACCUGUGCUGAUACCAUCAGCAGCAACAUCGUCAUAUAUUUUGUUGGCAUCAUAUACGGUUUUGUCCCUGUGUCAGGGAUCUUUUACUCUUACUCUAAAAUUGUCUCCUCCAUUCUGAGGGUCCCAUCUCCAGGUGGCAGGUACAAAGCCUUCUCCACCUGUGGCUCUCACCUGGCUGUGGUUUGCUUAUUUUAUGGAACGGCACUUGGUAUGUAUCUCAGUUCCUCCUUCUCAGGUUCAGCUGGAAAGGGUGUUUCAGCCUCCUUGGUGUACACAGUGGUCACCCCCAUGCUGAACCCCUUCAUCUACAGCCUGAGGAAUAAGGACAUGAAGAGGGCCAUGUGGAAGCUUCUCAAGAACGCAGUAGCGGUCUCUGCACCAAGCAUUUGGAGCAAUGGAGGGAAAAGAGCCAAGGCUAAUCAUACAGACUUACGGGUCCCACCUCCCUCAUGA